AUGACAACACUCGAGGAGAACAAGCUUUAUGCAAAAUUCUCUAAGUAUGAAUUCUGGCUUGAGUCGGUGGCUUUCUUGGGUCAUGUAGUGUCUGGUGACAGCAUUAAAGUAGACCCCCAGAAAAUUUCAGCGGUUAAGGAUUGGCCUAGACCCACUAGUGCGACGGAAAUUCGUAGUUUCUUGGGUUUGGCCAAUGUGGUUGCUGAUUCUUUGAGUAGGAAGUCCAUGGGCACGUUGGCAUAUUUGCGUGCACAUGACAUGCCUAUGGGAAGAGAAAUUCGAAGACUUGCUAGUCUUGGUGUCAGACUCGAUGAAACCGAAGAUGGAGAGUUAGUGGGAAUCACGCCAUCACGGUCUGAUGUGACAUCAUAUGCCGCAGCGGAGUAUGCCAAGUUAUAUUUGAAGGAGAUCGUUAGGUUGCACGGUGUUCCGGCAUCUAUCAUAUCUGACAGAGAUAACGGUGAAGAGCAGGUUCUUGAUACUCCAGGCAUUUGGGAAGGACUUGCAGUUGCUGCUGAUUUGGCUAAUGUGGUUGCUGAUGCUUUGAGUAGAAAAUCUAUGGGCACGUUGGCUUAUAAUUUGCGUGUUCAUGACAUGCCCAUAGGGAAGGAAAUUCGAAGACUUACUAGUCUUGGGGUCAGACUUGAUGAAACUGAAGAUGGAGAGUUAGUGGGAAUCACUCCAUCACGGACGGUGGCUUAUGAGUUGAAGUUAGAUAUGUCCAUAGUGUAUCCUGUGUUUCCCAUUUCGAUGUUGAGGUUGUACAGACCUAAUCCUUCCUAUGUGUUAAACCAUGAAGAAAUUGAAAUAAAUGAAGGGUUAUCUUAUGAAGAAGAACCAGUUUGGAUUCUAGAUCGUCAAGUUAGAAGGUUGAUAACAAAAGAUGUAGCUUCAGUUAAAGGCCUGUGGCAAAACCAUGAUACCGAAGAAGCAAAUUGGGAAGCAGAGGCAGACGUGAAGAAAAGAUAUCCUCACUUUUUCCUUAUUACAGGCAUGAGUAAAAGUUUCUAG